CUUUGGUUUACUUUGGAAACUAGAAAAAAUGAAUUCGAUUCCCAUCAUGCCUCGACAAUCAAAUGAUGGAGAUCGUCCUUCAGGUUUAAAGUUUACUAGAAACAACUAUUAUGGGUUUCAACGUGACCAUGACUCAACUAAUGAACGCAAUCAAGGAUCAUCAUUAUUUUCUAGUUAUUCUUCAAAGUAUACUGAUAACAAUAACAGUUCAACUAGUUAUUCUAGUAAUAGUCUUUUUUCAUCACGACCUUCCAUGGAUACAAUAGAACGACCUAUUUUACCACCUGCAAAAGACCGUCCUGCUUUUAACAAUAACACUUCUACAAGACCUCUUCCUAGUGUUACUUCUCCUACUUUACCAACAAGGUCUCCCCAACGUGUCAGAGAUUCUCAAACUUCCACUUCACAAUCAUUUUACUCUUCAACAGAAAAUGCUUAUUCCAAUAACAAUCGACAAUAUCAUCCAACUUCUACUUCGCCAAUACCUUCUUUAUCAUUCAAUAAUAAUGAUUUUACAUCACUUUCAACUACUUACAACAACUCAUCCAGUGUUUAUACAGAAUCAUUAACAGCAUCCUCUCCUCCUUCUCGACCUCGACUUAGUGAAGCAAGAUUUAGUUUAACAUCUGAAGUAGCAAAAAUGUGGCGAUCACAAUCAGCUCCUUACCCUUCAUCAAAUGAGCCAGUUGACAAUAAAAUGAUGAUGGAAUCUGGCGAUCUAUUGAAUGAACUUCUGGUAUCUCGUGCAAUAUUGGAUUCUCGUGAUUUCAAACUUUUAUCUUUUGAAGAUUUGGACAAGGUUAAACAAGAAUAUGAUCAAAUCAAACAACAAGUAGAACAUUCAGCUUCACGAUUAACAUUAGAAAUGAAGAUAAGAGAAACAGCUCGAUCACUAGCAUAUUUGAAUGAUUCUCGUAGUGGACACUCCUAUGUACAACAUCAACAAGAAAUCAAGGCAUUAGAUCAAAAAGUGGAUGAAAUAAUAGAUCAACACCAACAGCUCAAAGCAAAAGAGCAUGAAAUUCAUUGUCAAUUAUUGGAACAUAUGGCGGGUGUAUUGAGUGCUAGUAUUCGUCGAAUCAACCCAUUAGAAUCGUUCUCUACAUCAUCACCAUCAUCAUCCGCUCGAUUCUUACAACCAGAUACCAAAGAUGUAGAUAUUAACAACUUUAUACCUCUUUCGACUCAUCAGGAAUUGCUGGCUCAACUGAACAAAAAGGAAGAGAUCAUCAAAGCUCAAGACAACGAAAUUCAAUCGCUCAAAUCUCAAGAUGUGAAUAACAAAGAAACUGAUCUUACCAAGCAAGAAGAAAAUCAAGCAAUACUGGAUCAUGUGCUACACCAAUUGACGACAAUGACAAAACACUACAUAGAAGAAGAUGAUGAUGAUAAUAACGCGAAUGACGAUGAUGUGAGUGCGUUGCUUACAAGAUUGGAAAAGACAUUGGCGGCACAAAAAUCAAGGGCUGGUCAAUUGGAACGGGAGAUGGAAUCUGUCAUGGAAAAACAUCGAUUGGAAGCUAUGUCAGAAAAGAAGAUUGAAAUCCAACUUCGUGCCACACAAGAACGUCGCGAUGCUGCUGAAGCCAAAUGUCAAGAACUAACUUUAGAACUGGAACGAGUCAAAUCUAACAAGAAAUCUUCUCUGUCUGAAUUGGAUCGUCUCAAGGCUGAUGUGGAUAAUUUUUCAUUCAACGAUAGCAGUGUACAUUUGGAUCAAAUCUCGAAUUUGGAAUCACAAUUACAUCAAUCCGAAGAUCAACGCCAAAAGCUUGAAAAGGAACUCUCUGUAGUCCGUGGUCAAUUAUCCGAUUUGGAAGUGGAGACUAGUAAAGUACAUGCAGAAAUGGCAUCUACCAAACAACGAGAAGUAACCGACCAAUUGGAAUUACAACAUUAUCGUGAUGAAGCGUUUGCGUUACGACAAGAGAAAAACAAAUGGGAAAGGAUGAUGAAGCGACAAACAGUGAUGCAGUUGAUGGAUGAAGGUGCGGGUGGUAACAGUAUCAAGGACAAGUACGAACAACAACUGGAAGAACAAGAACAAGAAUACGUAGCCCAGCUCAAGGAACAGAAGGCAUAUCUGGACAAAACCACACGAGAAAAAGAUGCCAUUGCUUUGGAACGUGAUCAAUUGACGCAAACUUGUCAUGAUUUGGAAGAAUUGAUUCGAGGCAAGACGCGAUUAUUAGAUACACGUGAUAAUCAUAUCAGUGAAUUAGAAGCCCAAAUCCAAGAACUACGAC